AGCAGCAGGGAAAGAAAGGAAACCACAACACUGGUCAUGCUCUGAAUGCUGCUCCUCUUCCCCGAAUCAAGCCAAAGCAAACCAUGUAAGCACAGUAUGCUGUGUAUUUCAUUAAUCUUGUUCUUGUGUGUUUUAAUGCUAAAAUAAAACAGCCCCGAUCUGGACCUCGGCAAGGCAGAAGGAGGUGAGAAGGAAGUGAAAGUGCAUCUGACUACAUUCUGCUCUUGUGCUACAUCUCGCCCUCACCGGCGGCUUUCUACUUUCUAAAGAUCACCCGGCUGAAGGCAGUUUCCGUGCGCUCUCGCUGUAGCAGCACACCACAAGGUCGCAUGGACUCCGUGACUCUCAAAUUACACACUGAUGCUCACGAUGGCGACAUUUUAGGAUCGAAAUGAUGUGAUGCUGAGGUCUUAUUCAGACGUACACAAGGAAUGCAUGGAGCUGUUAUACCUGUCCACUCAGAAGAAAGAAUAUGUCCGUUUCUAAUUAUACAACAACCCGGCAAUCUAUGCCAUGUGUGAGGGAGCCGGACAAGACCUCAAAGCCUCAAACCCAGAGCUCAGACCAGGACCCUGGAGGUGCGGGUCUGGACACUAUCCAUCACAUUCUCAUUGGCAUCUCUGUCCUCGCUGUUUUCAUCACAAUUUUGUUUGGCAUUGUGUACUUCAAAAAAUAUCGAUCCCUGAAUAAAACCAUACAGCUGCUUAGACAGGGAAAGUCCACGCCUGUUCCUCCUCAAGACUCCGUUCCUCUUUCACCCACCUCUCCUCCAUCGGUGUUGGUGAUGCCAUCGUUAGACAAUUCAGCAGAAACAGGCCAACGUGGACAGAAAAGCAGAUCGAGCGUUCGAUUACUGUGGAGACCGUCGCAACAGAACCCACGGGUUGCAAGGACAGACCUGAAUCUAAUACAGCUGAUCAAAGCUGGAAGAGAGGGUGCUUUCUACAAAGCCAGGAUGUUGCGGGGAACCUGCAAAGGUCACUCACUUGUCACUUGCAAGAUUGCAAAAGAAGGAGUCACUUCAAAGCAAAUGGAGACCGAAGUGUCUAUUAUGAGGAAGCUGGUGUAUCAUAAGAAUGUGCUUCAGCUGCUGGACUGGAACACUGCUGAGGAGCCCUUUGUGUUGAUCAUGGAGUUUGUAAGUUAUGGGACCCUGCGCAGCUUUGUGCAGACGCAUCAUGACAAGCUGAACGCUGACCCUGAGAUCCAGAACAUUUUCGCUAUCGCCUCUUAUCACAUCGCUCUGGCCAUGGAACACUUACGCUCCAAAAUGGUGGUACACUGUGACCUUGCUUUAAGGAAUAUUCUGGUAAGCCGUUUCCCCUGGGAAAUCAAAGUGGCUGAGUUUGGUCUGGCCAGAGACUUGACGCGUAUGAGAAGCAGACGCAGCACCAGGAAAAAACACCACAGGGAACGAGUGCCCUUGCGCUGGUAUCCUCCUGAAUAUUUCCGGAACAGCUACUACAGCUUCAAGGGGGACGUGUGGGCUUUUGGUAUUGUGUUAUGGGAAAUGCAGACAUUUGGCAGUCUGCCCUAUCCCAAUUUGGAGACUUCAGAUGAAGUGGUCUAUCACAUUUGUGCUGGAACCAGAAAUGUAGGACCCGACAGCUGCCGACCAGAGAUAUUGCAAAUUAUGAAAGACUGCUGGUUGGAGCCUUAUACAGCCAGACCCUCCUUUUCUGAUCUCGUCAGAAUCUUGGAGAGUAUCAUUGAGAAUGAUGCGGAUUAUGUGGAUGUUGUAGACCAAAGACCUGCGAGUAUAGCAGAAGACUGAAUUGUCAACAUUAUAAUCAAGUUGGAGUCUAAAAGCAUACAGAGGCUCAGAGACUUUCCCUAAUGGCCUAAUAAAGGAGUCAACUAUUA